UGGCGCAAGCCGGAAAACGGUGCGGUUUUGUUGACAAACAAAAUAAGCCAAACUAGAAGUUGUCACAGAAGUUAGGUUAUGUGUUAAUUGCUCAUUUAUUACAUUUCACAUCUUUAUAUCGCUGGUUGGAGUUACCUGAACCUGACUGUAGGUACCUUAACUGAGGGGAAGGACGUUUAUUAUCUAAACAGACAGUUACAACAGGCAUUCCCUCUUGUAAUAUACCUUUAAUUCAAACAUGGCUGCGAUGAAUUCACCACUGCGUGUUUGUCGCGGUAUACUCAAAGAAUUGCGGGCUUUAAAAGGACCACAGUAUAAAGAAACGAUGGCAUACAAUUACGUUUUGCAGCAGUUUCGCAAAAACCAGGUAACGGGAGACAGGUACUGCCGGGCCCAAAGGGAAGCGCUGCACGCCUCCGACACCUACUUGUGCCUGCUGUCCUCCACCAGGCAGCACAUGACUCUCCAUGACAUCUACCAUGCCAAGGGAGAGCGCAGCACAGACCAGAUGGCCGGCUUGGUGGGGCUCAAGUUGCCCACACAGCCUGGAGGAAAAGGCUGGGAAAAGUGAUGAGAGCUGGAGGCUGGCUGAGAAGUUGAUUCACCAAUGGACCACAACACUUCUUAAACAGAUUUAACGAAAAGGACUGAGGUUGAAUGUAGCCUAAUGGAAUGAUAUGACAUGACAUGUCCAUCAUUCUAUGUCAGUGUCAUGCAGAAUAAGCUGCAUAAAAUGCAGUUAUAUGUAAAUAUUUUUGUGGAUUGAAAGAUUAAAAGCAGAGUACAUACAAUA